AUGUGGUUCUUCGAUCCCUUUAAAGCUCUCGACGCUGAGGCCCUCCGCCAGCAGGUGUACGUACCAUUGGAGGAAGCAGAACGAUGUCAACGCGCUGUCGCUCCCGCGGACCAUCGUCGCAACUCCGCUUCUCGCUCUCAAUCGGUCGACUUGGAGCGCGAAGCAUACCCCGAUGUGGGCAACUCGAUAAUAAUGGGCACUCUGCGCAAAAACACGCCCAGUCACGGCUCUAUCUCCAGCUUCGACACCUCAGACAUGGCCGAUAUCGAGUUGAACCCUCUGACUCCUGCUCGCGCACACUUGAAAGAGGAGGUAGAUGCAGAAGCUGCUGCCAGCGGACUAAGCAGCGUGCAUGACCGGAAAUGCAUCCUCAUCAACAAGGCACUACAAGACAUCGGGAUGGGCAGAUACCAAUGGUUGCUCUUCUGUGGUUCCGGCUUCGGCUGCGAGCCCACCGUGCGUUUCGCUACUCUCGCGCUCAAUGUCGGUCUGAUAAAAGGUGCCUUCGGUUGGGGAUUUCUAUCGGAUGUGAUCGGACGCAGAAUUCCUUUCAGCACUUCGUGUCUUCUCAUUGCCGGUCUCUGCGCUAUGGGACUUGGAGCGACAACGACCUUUCUUCAAGCGUGUGUACUGAUCGCGCUACUGGGAUCUGGUAUCGGUGGGAGCCUGCCUGUCGACGGGGCGCUGCUUCUCGAGUUCCUGCCCCAGUCGAGUGGCAACAAACUUACGCUGCUGUCUGCGUGGUGGCCUGCAGGCCAGCUCACAGCAGCGCUUCUCGCGUGGGCCUUUCAGAAUCAUGGUUGGCGCUAUUUGAGCUUUACGUUGGGUGGAAUCACUCUUCUCUGCCAAAUUUGUCGCUUUCUGCUCUUCAGGCUCUCCGAGUCACCCAAGUUUCUUCUCUCGAAAGGGAGACAAGACGAAGCUGUCGCUAUCAUCUACGCCGUCGCACGCCUCAAUGGUAAAAAGACCUGGUUGACCUCGGAGUUGCUAGAAGAAAUCGGAGGCACUGUCGACGCAGAGGUCGCCGCGGUGGAAAAGGAGCAAUGUGCUAUCAUGAAGCUCAUUAAUGACACAUUCGGGAGGUUCCCGACACAGAAUAUUAAAUCGCUCUUCAGCAACAGGAGACUGGCUAUGAACACCUUACUGCUGUGGAUCAUCUGGACAGCCAUCGGUCUGGGCUACCCGCUCUUCAACGCGUUCCUGCCUCAGUAUCUCGCCAGCUCGGGUCAAGAUCGAUCACCCAAACCUGGAUCUAUCCUCUACCGCGACUACGCCAUCGCCUCCGUCGUCGGCUGGCUUGGCAGCCCCGUGGCUUGCUGGGCUGUCGACACGCGCCUUGGCCGCAGAAAACCGAUGGCUAUAGCCACCUUCUUCACUGGCGUUUUUCUUUUCCUCUUCACUGUCUCCACCGCAGCCCCAUGGCAGCUCGCAUGUUCCUGCGUUGUCAGCUUCUUCCAGACCAUCAUGUACGGCGUUUUGUACUCGUACACGCCUGAGACAUUCCCUACGACUAGCAGAGGUACUGGAUCGGGAAUCGCCAGCUGCCUGAAUCGUGUUGCUGGACUCUGUGCGCCGCUGAUUGGCAUAUAUGCGGCUGCCACUGAUCCGAGGAUACCAAUAUAUGUCGGUGGAGCGCUCAUAUCGUUAGCAUUUAUGGCAAUGCUGUUUCUGCGGAUCGAGACGCGUGGACGGACGAUUCUGUGA